ACUUCAGCCACAGAGCGGGGUGGAGGGGGGCAUGUUCUGAUUUACCCCUCAACUGUACGAUUUGAACCCCCCCCUCCAAAUAUUUGUCUGUUUACGUCAACCCGUGCUUUUGUGUUCACUGGUGUCAAGUCCAGCAGUAACAGUGAGGUCAUGUUCACUGUGUUUGUCACCCCCCUUCAUGUGUCCGUGCGCCCACCCACACCACCCCCCUCUCUGUCACUGCGUUGGACUGCUCCAUUUCACAUCUGAAAAAAAUCUGAUAGUUAGUGGAGAGUUGUUGAUGUCAGACACUGACUGCUGUAGCUCCACAGCACUGUAGACUGUACUGAAGCUCGUGGACCACAGAAGUUCAAGCAAAUGGAGUUGAGUGAUCCCCUGAAUAACGUGUCACUGAUUAAAGAUGACGUGACCAGGUCAAACAUAGGGUCAUCUGGCGACUCGGAAAAAAUUAUCCAGCGCUUGAACGAUGAACUUCGAGAAGCCCAAGACCUUGCUAACACAGAGAAACACAAAUGCUGGGAGCUGCAAGGCCAGCUGCAGCAGCUCCAGGAUGAAGUGACAAGUCUCAGGGAGCAGAUUGACGACUCCGCCAGUGCACGCGGCGAGCUGCAGGUUGCACGCGACGAGCUGCAGAGUGCACGCGGCGAGCUGCAGAGUGCACGUGAUCAGGUGAAGUCGCUGAAGCGUGACCUGGAGGCAGGCAGUGCACAGCGAGACCGUGACAUUGGCGCUAUCCAGGCGAACCUGGCCACCGUCUCAAAGGAGCUGGACAAGUGGCGCGAGACUGCCCACAAAUACGAGAAUGAGAUUGAAAACCUACAGCAGGACCUUCAGCAGCAGAGCGAGCAGUGGCAGAAAACUGCACAGAUACAAGCCGAUGAGAUGCGGUCCCUGCAGGUGGAGUGUAAAGGCCUCCAGGUGGAAUGCUCCGUCCUGCGGUCCGAGAAGCAGGACAUCCUGAACGAACACCAGGUUGAAAAGAGCAGCCUGCAGAGUUACUGUGAAGCCCUCUCGGCUGAGAAGGAGGACAUCACCAAGACUCACCUGAAGGACAAGGACAACCUGCAGAGCGAGUGUGCAGCGCUGCACUCUGAGAACAAGGCCGCGCUGCAGAAGUGGCAGCAACUGGAAACGGAGCUCACCAGUUCACAUGCGCAGAAUGCUGAACAGAGCAGCAGCCUCAAAGCCCUGGAGAGGUCCCAGCAGGAGCUGGAGAAGAGACUGGCAGACCUGCAGCUCCAGCAGCAGCACGACAACGCCGAGUGGCAGACCAAGCUGGAGGAGGCGGAGAGUCGCAGCGAGGCUCUUCAGAGAGAGGCUGAGGAGGCGAAGGCAGAGCUAUUGGACGUGAAGGAUAAAUAUGAGAAGAUGGAGCAGGAAAAGCAGUCGCUGACAGAUGAGCUUGAUGGAUGCAAAGCUAACAUGAAGGAAAUACAGGAGAGAGGAACCAAGACGACCCUAUUGCUGCCUGUUCAAGCCAUAGUCAUCGGCCUUGUCCUGGCUUUGCUGUUCUGGUGCUUCGGCGCAUUGUGGUAGAAGAAUCCGUGGAUGAUCUGGGGGCCUAUGAUCGCCGUGGCUCUAACCGCUGCUGCUGUGCAGCUUAAGAAGCUGACCUGAAGGCAACUCAAGCAACGCACGUGCAAAUCCACAUGGUUUCUUUUUCCUGCACUAAACCUGAAAAACUUGCCCUUCUCUCAUCAUAUCUGCACUGUUCAUUAGGAGGGGGCCUCGUAGUUAACACUGUUUGACUUGUAAGAUGUUCUAUUUUAGGUGGCAGAGAUGUUAAUAAGAAAAAUUGCCACUUUUACAUGCAGUUUGUUUGAUAUUUGAAGAGACUUCAGUUGGUUUAGGUCUGUUUGACUGGUUGGAUAAUCCAUUAAUGAAUGUAAGACUUAAUUCUAAAAACAUAGGGUCAUAUUUUUGGGUUUGAACCCCCUCCCCCCCUAAAUGUAACACAUCCAUCUGUGUAAUUGUCAAAAUAAUAAAUAUUUAUCACAAUAA